AUGUUUCGGAGUCAGCAAAUUGCACGUUUGUUGUUGGAAAAGGAAGAACUAGAUGAUUGUCUGCUUAGCGAUGAUCAUUCCGAGUGGUAUUGUAUUGACAGGAAUGCUGUAACUUCGUAUAUGCAAAAAAAAUUCCAUCAAUUCUCCAUGGAUGAUGGUGUCUGGUAUACAUUUCUUACUUCGUUUUUGUCAAUGGUACUGACGAAAACAAGCAUUAAUGGUGUCCUGGGUCGAGGUGGUAUGCAUCUUUUCUCCCUCAGUCAGUUGCAAGAAUUUUUGGACGUUUCGGCUGAAUGGGUUUCUCACGAUAAAGAGCUUCUGGAUUUGGGUGCUGGAGAUGGUCAGAUAACUACCAUAAUGGCACAACUAUAUAGAACUGUUUCAGUUACAGAAGCGUCGAAGAUAAUGGAAUGGCGCUUGAAGCAACGUGGAUUCAAAGUUGUUCCAAUGAAUAUGUGGUAUCAGUAUGGGACGUAUCAUUUGGUUUCAGCGCUCAAUCUGCUAGAUCGUCAUUACAAUCCAUCUUUAUUAUUAGCUCAAUUAUACUCAGUAACUCUACGUUCAGAAUCAUUGCUGUUGUUGACUGUUGUCUUACCAUUGCAUCAAUAUGUGGAAUUUCAUCCUACAAGUCGAGCAAAUCGACCAGAUGUAAAAAUCGCGAUCAAAGGUGAAACGUUCGAAGAGCAGGCGGGUUCGUUAGUCGCAGAUAUUCUGGAACCAGCAGGAUUUGAGUUACUUAAAUGGGGCAAACUGCCAUAUUUAAGCGAAGGAGAUUUCAGAAGACCAUUUUACCAUCUUGACGAUGCUGUAUUUUUGCUAAAACCAAGAAAGAUCAGCUCUGCUAGAAACGGUUCCUCGGAUAUCUUCACAGAAAAUUCGGUGCUGAAUCGAGAUUUCACUUCAUUUCAAAACUGGAAUCUGUGCAGUAUAUUCUGCUUAAAAGUGGUAGUGUUAUGCUGCUUGCAUGAAACGGUGAGCCGUGUUGGAUAUCGUGUUCGCAUCGUCCUUCUGUCGCAAAUGUCAAUGACUGACUCGGAUACGGAAUCAUUUCACAGUGCUGUCGAUAGCUUGUCGGAUCGGGACGAUGCAAGCACUACCGGUGCCAUUAACCAAAAGAAUGAAGAGGUUGGUGAAGGAAAGAGGGUCGACGCUGCCCGAGAUAAUAAAUAUGAAUUCGGUGGAUCCAAUGAAACACAAAAUAAGUAUUCUGACAAUAAAUCCAGAGUAACUGAAGCAAACCGGAAGAAACAAAUGUUUCGGAAUUUAACAACUUUCGACAAACCUUCAAAAUGCAGAGGAGUGCAGGAGUUUAGGAUAGAUAGUCAUAAAAUGUCUCGAAUUGGAAGUAAGGGUUCUGAGUGGGGACUUGUAUCGGAGAUUAUGAACAAUGUGGAUGAUCACAAUAUAACAGGAAAAACAGAUCGAUCAGAAGAAAAAAUCACUGGUGGUCAUGACGGGUGGGAUGACUGGGAGUUGGAUUAUUCAGGAAAAGAUGGUAAUGAUGGCGGAAUCUUAGAUGAAAACUGUGAACCGUCGUGGAUGCGAACAUCUGAUGUGGAAAAUGGAGUUAUUACUAAUUCGAAAUCAAAGGCUGAAAUAAAAACAAAAGAAGUAACAAAUAAAUCAUUUUGGGAUUGGGCCGAAUUUGGAGAUGUGGUCGCUGCUGUUGGUGAAGGCCUAACAAACAUAUCCAGUGCUGUCGAAUCAGGCCUUGGAUUGCCGGCGCCAGCAGAACUGGUAAGAAACCAAUCGGUAGAGAGAUCUACAAAUAAUUCUGCAGUAAUUACGAAAGAAAGAGAGGAAGUAACUAACUCUGGUAUAAAAUCAUAUGGCAAGUUGUUCGCAGGUUUUGGGGCUAACGUUGUAACGGGUUCAUUAGAUGUACUUGAAGCACUUGGUAAGAAGACAUUUGAAAAGCUAACUGUUCCGGAACAGGGUUCCGAAAAAAGACGAUUUAUUUUCGAACCGAAAAGAGGUCAAAAUUUGUCCGAAGUUUUGCGAGAGCUACGUGAAAAUCGAGCAGAAGAAGCGGCUCUUGAAACUAGUUAUAUUUCAAAGCGCGAACUGACUUUUAUUGAUUCCUUCGAGAAAUUUAGUGGUAUGCUUCAUCUGGAAGGCCUCGAAAUGCUUUCGAAAAAUCAUUUAAGAAAAAUCCCACCACAAAGAAGAAGUGAAGUAAACGGAAUUUUUGCUGAUGAUUUGGCAAAUACUUUGGAGGAAUAUCAGGAGAAUCAACAGGAAGAUUUCGUAGAAGAUUUCAAAGAAAUAUUGUUAUCCAUCCCUCUACCUUACAACGAUUCGGGUCUGAUAGAUUCCUACAGACGAUGUAAAGAACGUUUGGAAAGAUCGGAUUCUAGCGACCAGAUUUUCGAACUUUUCUUAGAAUGUUUGGCUGAUUUUACCGCUGAAAGUGUGCAGUCAGUUCAUAAACUGGGACAGCUGCUAUUAAUUACGAAUACAACAGUGAAGCAGGAACCAUUUUCUGAAUUCCAUAGCCUAAUUGGACGACAAAUUUCAUUUUUCAGUAAUCAGUUUGCUCAACACAUUAGCGCAGUUGAUACACCUUCUGAAGAAAUAGAAGAACUGGUCACAGCGGUUUUUCUAGCAGCGGGAGAUUCAUUCUCAUAUGUGCAGCAAUCGUUUCGUCUUUUGCGGCCAUUGUUAAUUCUGUAG